UCCAACUCAUUGAAACGUAGGUGAAAUGCGGACCGAGAGCUCCCAGUGUUUCAUGGCGGAUCUGGUGUUCCUCCCGCGCUCUCACUUCCCGCAGUCUUUCUUCGCGCGCCAAAUCCUCCCGGACUGCUCCCGCCAAAUCCAAUCGGCCUUCCCACAAAUCCGCCUCCCCACAAAUCUAUCUCCCUCCCAUGCUUCCGCCGCCGCCCCUGCCCUUCCUCCCACUGCUUCCUUGCUGCUGGUGCCAUGGAUGAGAUGUCCCGCCGGGGGGAAGGUCUCCCGCCCGACGGUGGCCCGGCAAAAUGCGGCGACGGCGGCCCCGUGAAGGGCCGCGGUGGCGGCACCGAGAAGGGCCGUAGUGGCGGCUUGGUGAAGGGCCGCGACGCCGGCACGACGACGGGCGGCGGCGGCGACACUUGUCCUUCGGAGACCUCAGCUGCUCCGGCGGUUCCAGCUCCUCCGGCGGCUGCGGCUUCUUUGGCGGCGCAUCCCCCACCGACAUCCGGUCCAUGGUGGCCCGGAUAUGGAGCUCCUCCAGUGUCUGCAUCUCCCCCGGUGUCUGCAGCUCCUCCGAUGGCACCUUCCCCACCUCCAUCAGGUGCACGGUGGCCUGGAUAUGGAGGUAGCAGUGGCCAAAAUGCUUCCCCACAUGGAAACCAGUACACAAAUCCAUGCAUUCACACAGGCACAUGCCUCACAUCCUCACACCUACCAAGGCAGGAACUCAAAAGACUCCUCAAGAUCUGCUUCCUAUCUGAAUUCCAUCUCAAGGAGAAAAAAAAACAUGGAAAGUAACACAAUGUAAGUUUUCAGCAGUAAAAAAUAUUUUCCUACUCAAUUUAUUUACUGCCCUGUACGCCACCGGAAUUUACAGCACUGAUUGAGGAAGGCUUACGAGGCGCGCCGCGGUGGCCGCAAACCCCACCCAAACCGCUGAGCAUUAAUUA